AUGGACCCGGUAGAGCAACCCACGAGCUCAGAAAAGAGUCACGAUGACGAACUCGAGGAUUCCAAGUCUGAAGAAGGAGUCUUCGCCCCAAUUCACGGCCCUGAUGGUGACGAUGGAGAACAACAGCGCGAGGCGCCACUGCACAAGUUGCGCUCGCAGACAUCGCGAUCCCUCGAACCCUCCUGGUCUCUAAACGAUGGUAUCAGUAUCCACGGUGAUCGGCCACAGGACGAAGAAGGUGGUGAGGCUGGAACUAUAGAGACGGAUGAAGAACAGCGCUUUACGGUUGCCUGGGAUGAGAAUGACCCCAUAAAUCCGAGGAAUAUGACCAAGGCGAGGAAGUGGUUGAUUGUUAUUAUUGUUUCUUUGGGGUCUCUCUGUGUGACUUGCACGUCGUCCAUGUACACCACCACAUACGAUCAAUUGAUGAAGGAUUUCAAUUGCUCCGAGGAGGUUGCCACUCUGGGAUUAUCGUUCUUCAUUUGGGGUCUUGGAAUUGGCCCACUAUUUCUCAGUCCCUUGUCCGAGUUCUACGGUCGCCGGAACAUUUAUCUCGUCUCAUUCAGCUUAUUUCUGAUCUGGUUGAUUCCAUGCGCGGUGGCGCAGAAUAUCCAAACAAUGCUCGUGUGUCGCUUCUUCAACGGACUGGCCGGCAGCGCGUUUCUGAGCGUGGCUGGUGGCACUGUGGGUGACUUGUUUGAUCGACAUGAACUGGCCUUUCCCAUGAUGCUCUAUACGGCGAGUCCGUUUAUCGGGCCUGAAGUCGGUCCCCUAGUGGGUGGAUUCAUCAAUCAGUUUACGACAUGGCGCUGGACGUUCUACGUACUCUUGAUAUGGACCGGGGUUUUGCUGAUUUCGAUAUUUUUCUUGGUUCCCGAAACAUACCACCCAGUGCUCCUAAGGCGCAAGGCGCAAAAAUUGCGCCAGGAAACCGGAGAAGACCGGUGGAGAGCUCCGAUCGAGAAACUGAAUCGGUCGGUGGCGCAAACCGUUCUGCGCUCCAUGUACCGGCCUUUACUCCUUCUGACCCUGGAGCCUAUGUGCCUGAAUCUGUGUAUUUUCUCGGCAAUCCUACUGGGCAUUCUGUACCUGUUCUUCGGUGCCUUCCAAUUAGUCUUUGACGAGGUCUAUGGGCUGGUGCUCUGGCAGCGUGGACUAUGUUUCAUCGGUCUCUUUGUCGGCAUGGUCCUCGCUAUCCUGUCAGAUCCGUUCUGGCGCCGCAAUUACCAGCGUUUGGAACGCAACCAUGAAAAGGCCACGCAAAAGACCGAUGACUAUCAGCCGGAGUGGCGGCUUCCACCAGCGAUCCUGGGUGGACCCCUGGUCACUAUUGGGCUCUUCAUUUUUGCAUGGACGAUCUACCCAGAUGUGCAUUGGAUUGCACCUAUCAUUGGCAGUGCCGUGUUCGGUGCAGGCACCAUCCUGGUGUACUCGGGCGUCUUCACCUUCCUGGUAGAUGCAUACCCAACAUUUGCCGCCAGUGCACUGGCCGCCAAUAGCUUUUCGCGGUCAAGCUUUGGAGGAAUCUUCCCCCUAUUCGGUAUCCAAAUGUAUAACAAUCUCGGUUUCCACUGGGCAACGACAUUACUAGGCUUCUUGACUCUGGUCAUGACGCCUUUCCCGUACAUUUUCUUCCGAUAUGGGAGUCGCAUCCGCAAGAAGAGUCGGUUUGCCACGUCGCAGACCUGA